GAGCGGUAAAGAGUCAGAGGAGAGCGCUGCUGAAGACUAAAGGACUACCAGACACAGGAGAGCCACGCCGAGGAGGGAGGAGAAGCAUCCAGACCAAAGAGGAAGAAAAAAACAGAAUGAACCAAAACCACCUAAAGGAGUCAUCAGCUGUGGGCAAAUGGUCUGAAACUGAGAAAAGCUUUGACAGUGAUGUCCAAUCAGAGGCUGCUAAACCAAUAAGGAAGUCAAUAAAGGAAGAGUUUAUUGGAUAUUGAGUUCCUGUCUACAGUUUACAUUCACCCUCUUUUAAUCUGUGGCCCAAACGUAUAGACUUAUUUAGAUAAAAGCUGGAACAUUUUAGUUUUUUCUUGAAUAUAAUCAUACUGAGGUUGGCUGAUGUCACCACUCGCCUCCAUCCCUUUCAGCUCCUCCGGGGGCUGAGCUGACUGGAAGGGGAGCAUGGGCAGAAGGGUGGCUGACCCAACCUAUCCAGUGCCAGCACUGGGAGUUCCACUGGCAGGGGGGCGAUGGGGCCCGCUCUGCAGCAUUGGGGUGCAGACAUCUCCCAGACUGCAAACUCUUUCCACCUUCAAACGGCAUGGCAGCCAACGGUCCAACACGCGUCAGCAACACGCCAUGGAUACAGACGAAACAAUGACAGCAGAGACCAGAGGAGUUAUCAGAAGUGACAGCAACAACCUGCCAGAGUCCAAAGAGACAUCUCAGAACGAGAUCAACAGCCUGACACAGGACGACAUGGGGUCGCAAGGGUCUGGUAGUGGAGUUUAUUGUCAAAUCAAAACCAUCCAAGCAAACCCCAAGGACACAAGAGAUAAAAGAACAGCUCGGUAUACAAAUGGCAGUGUGGUAGCCUCUGAUUUGGUAGGAGGGGUUUGCAGUGAGGCCACAGAAAGCAAGGAGCCGACCCAAGAGAAAAGAAGGGUCCAGUCUCUGCGAGGGGAAAAUCAUCGCUCUGUAUUAAAGACGGGGAGUGUUGGUACCACGGUACACGCCACGCCACCUCGACCCUGUCGUGUGAUGACAARUUCUCCACAUCGCCUUUGUGCAACAUGUGGGAGGAGACGAUCACAGGUAACACAGUGCACAGGUGCAUGUCGCAGGAGGGCAGUCAAUCAAAUCACAGCAAGUCAGACUUUACCUAAUCCGCCACGGAAAACAUCUGCUGCUCCCGCCCAGUCAAGGAAAGCCUCUGCUGUUCUGAACUCCCAGUCCUGCAUCAAAAGCACCGACAGAGGCACGCCACAGCAGCACACAUCAGUAAAAACUGCUCAAAUGCCACAGUUGUCACACACUAUGCCAAAAACAAACACAACACACUCUCAGAACAAAUCAAAAGAUACAAAGCAGCAAACAAGGCCACGUUCAGCAGAAUUUCCCUAUUUCAGGGACUCAGCCACGCAAACAACAGAAACACAUGCAGACAACACAGCCAGCACAGAUACACAUUACAAACAAAACACAGAGACAGUCAAACAUGUACCCGACAAACACGCUCACGAUCAGGCUCAAGUCCAGAAAACUGACGAGCAAGCUCAUCAACAUACAUCCAUCCACAUCAUUUCCAGGCCCCAAACUCCUUCUUGUCACUGUGACUCCAAGUCCAGCAGCAUCCCAUCUGUUCCACCCAAAAAUACACCUAAAGCAACUCAUUCUAAGCCGGCCACACCUACAGCAAACCAAASCAAAAACGAGGAGACCACAAAUUCAUCCAAACAAUCCUCAGAACAGGUCAACGUUAAGGACUGCAYGAAACAGAAGAGCAAACCAUUUGACGACCAUACUCUGCCUUGUAAGACUCAUUCAAAAGCACAAUGUAACGGAGCUCCGGGAGGACUUUUAGAUGGGCACGUGGUGAACAUGCCAUGUGGGCUGGAGAGUCAGCUACAGAGUGUGGAGGAGAACCUCCUGUCCAAUCAGGAGAAGAUCAAGGUGCUUCUCAAUGUUAUUCAAGACCUGGAGAAGAGCAAGGCUUUCAGCGAAGGUCGCAGCUCAUACAGAACUGGUCAAGACAUAAACAACUGUCCCACCUGCCAGAAGACAGCCUGCAUCAUUUACAGUGUGGAGCAUGAUUUUCGGCAGCAGGAGGGACGCUUCCAGGGGGUGAUGGAAGCCCUUGAUGGGGAAUACGAUGUGCCUGCACCAACUCUGACCAAGCCCAUGACGGCUCCUUCUUCCUGCAGUCGUCCCAGCACCAAAGCACGUGUCAAGAAAUUGCGUAAAAAAUGUUUCUGGUGGCUUUAAAAAGACAAAAAUAAAUUUAAAAAGCCACAACCACCACACUGGAUCCACAGAUGCAUAAAAACAUGGAUUAUAAUGAAUCUGAAAUGUUCUACUGUAGAAAAAAAUCAACGCUGACCAGGAUAAGGACAAAGAUAUUGGACAAAAGAAUUGAAAGAGGRCCAAAGAAGUUGCUGAAAUUUCUUUUCAGAUUCAGAAGAACCUGUUUCAUUACAAAAGAAAGACUUUUUCAGCUACUUUGUUCACUAACUUGGAACUGAAAGUAAAUAUGCUGCUUUUUUGUUUUUAUAGACCAAAUCUGUAGCAGAUGAAUGGAAAAGAACUGCGACUUCAGGUUUAUUGCUCAUCACUUUGGGAAGUGUCUGUUUGAAUAGAUGGACUCAACUUGAUGCAGAAUUUUUACAAUGACUUUGGCAAAGUUACAGCAAUAAGCAGGGGGCUUGUGAUGAUUUACAAAGUCCAGUGACGUUUGUUGUUCAGAGUACUACUGUGUGUCUGCUGCCAAAAUGUGAACGUAGCAACAACUGAAGCUCCAGAGGCUUCUUGGAGAAAACAAGCAGAUGACCUGUCUGAAAACACAGUGAUCGCUCGGUGUACCAACAGCAUUUUGAUGCACAAAAGUGGAGAAAUGUAUUAAAAAUACUCUAUAAAACAAUGUGAUUGACAGCUGAUCAAAGACUCACUGUCUCUGUUAGAUAAUUAAAAAACUGUCAACUUUGGCUGA